AUGAGAGUAGAUCUCACAGUCGUCGCGCUGACGCUGCUCGCGCCCGUGUGGGCCGCAGCCCUCGAGCCCGGCCUCCACGCCUCAGACGUUUCAUUCCUCGCACCAGUAGAAGAGCGCGACAGCAACGCGAAUGAAGACGAGAAGCUGUGGAAGCGCAAGGGCGGCGGAGGCGGCGGCGGCGGCAGAGGUGGAGGCUCCUCUUCAGGUGGGUCAAGAUCAGGAGGUAGUAGCAGCAGUGGCGGUGGGAGUCGUUCUGGAGGCAGUAGCUCUGGCGGCAGUCGCUCCGGCGGCAGUCGUUCUGGCUCUGGCUCUGGCUCUGGCUCUAGCGGUUCAAGUUCUGGUGGCUCAUCAAGUUCUCGUACAGGUGGCUCUAGUAGCGGAGGCAGAGGCGGCGGCAGCAGCGGUGCCAGUGGUACCGGAGGCUCCGCGAGAGGCGGUAGCCGCGACAGCUCCGGCGGAUCAACGAAGACGGGCAGCGGCCCCGCGCCGGCCUACGGCGGAUCAUACGGCGGCGGUGCCAAGGUUCCCUACGCAGCCGGCGCAUCAAGAGGUCCCGGUUCCAUCGCCCCAUUCCUGCUUAUCGGCGGUGGUCUCGCCUUCUGGCCCGGUCUUUGGCUCGCGGGCGCCCACAUGUACCCUUACUCUCACCCUUAUCGCUUCUACAACCAGUCGGCGCGCGAGAACCAGACGAAGCCGGUUAUCUGCGGUUGUGCUGACCAACAGCCCUGCGCAUGCGACGAGAACAAUAGCACCGAGUACAUGAGUGCCCUCCUCGGCAACGGCAGCUACCAGGGCCUGAACCAGACUGUCGUAACCAAGGGUAUCUACAAUAACACCGAUACCAUCCUCAUCAACGGCACCCUCCCCAACGGCACGACCGCCUCGGGCGGUUCUGACGACGUCGGUACCACUUCUGCCGCUUUCCGGGCCGUUUCUGAGGCCCUUGGCUUCUGGCCCAUGUUGGCUGUGGUCCUGGCCACGGUCUUCGCCGCAUAA